GUCACAUGGAUACAGCGCCACCUACAGGUCACAUGGAUACAGCGCUAUCUGCAGGUCACAUGGAUACACCGCCAUCUGCAGGUCACGUGGAUACAGCGCUAUCUGCAGGUCACGUGGAUACAGUGCCAUCUACAGGUCACAUGGAUACAGCGCUAUCUGCAGGUCACAUGGAUACAGCGCCACCUACAGGUCACAUGGAUACAGCGCUAUCUGCAGGUCACAUGGAUACACCGCCACCUGCAGGUCACGUGGAUACAGCGCCACCUGCAGGUCACGUGGAUACAGCGCUACCUGCUGGUCACAUGGAUACAGCGCCAUCUGCUGGUCACAUGGAUACAGCGCCACCUACAGGUCACAUGGAUACAGCGCUAUCUGCAGGUCACAUGGAUACACCGCCAUCUGCAGGUCACGUGGAUACAGCGCUAUCUGCAGGUCACGUGGAUACAGUGCCAUCUACAGGUCACAUGGAUACAGCGCUAUCUGCAGGUCACAUGGAUACAGCGCCACCUACAGGUCACAUGGAUACAGCGCUAUCUGCAGGUCACAUGGAUACACCGCCACCUGCAGGUCACGUGGAUACAGCGCCACCUGCAGGUCACGUGGAUACAGCGCUAUCUGCAGGUCACAUGGAUACAGCGCCAUCUGCUGGUCACAUGGAUACAGCGCCACCUACAGGUCACAUGGAUACACCGCCAUCUACAGGUCACAUGGAUACAGCGCCACCUACAGGUCACAUGGAUACAGCGCUAUCUGCAGGUCACAUGGAUACACCGCCAUCUGCAGGUCACGUGGAUACAGCGCUAUCUGCAGGUCACGUGGAUACAGUGCCAUCUACAGGUCACAUGGAUACAGCGCUAUCUGCAGGUCACAUGGAUACAGCGCUAUCUGCAGGUCACGUGGAUACAGCGCCACCUGCAGGUCACGUGGAUACAGCGCUAUCUGCAGGUCACAUGGAUACAGCGCUAUCUGCAGGUCACAUGGAUACAGCGCCACCUGCAGGUCACGUGGAUACAGCGCCACCUGCAGGUCACGUGGAUACAGCGAUAUCUGCAGAUCACGUAUAUACAGCGCCACCUGCAGGUCAUGUGGAUACAGCGCCACCUACAGGUCACGUGGAUACAGCGCCACCUGCAGGUCACGUGGAUACAGCGCUAUCUGCAGAUCACGUAUAUACAGCGCCACCUGCAGGUCACGUGGAUACAGCGCUAUCUGCAGAUCACGUAUAUACAGCGCCACCUGCAGGUCACGUGGAUACAGCGCCACCUGCAGGUCACGUGGAUACAGCGCCAGAGGAUGGGACAGAGGAGAAUGAUGAAGACUGGGUGAUACCUGACCAGGACUCAUCACCCGCUGCUGGAGGAGGAAGCAGCUGUACUGACAUUGAGAAGUCUGUGGGAAUCUUCUGCUGGGACAUGGAUGCACAUAUGAAAUCACUGCUAAACUAUCUGAUACCAACCACCGGCUCGGGCUCUGUAAUACCGAUCUCACGUCUAAGUGAGGAUAUUUGGAAUCAAGUCCAAAGAUAUUCUGUAGUUAUAGUAAUCUACUCGUCACAGACGUAUCCGUCCUCAAUGAAGAGGUUCCUGGACUUCUGCUCCAGCAAACACGGAGCGGAGAACAUGAUAAAGGUGAUUAUUGAUUCGGAAGACGUGGAAUCCCAGGAACAGAACCAUUCUGAAUGGGGACAAUCCCCCCCGUGUCCCCAGGUGACCCUGACGGAGGCCGAGCUGGAUGCAAUCUGUCCAUCCGACGAUGUGUCUAUAGGGAGGAGAAUGUCCGACAAAGUGAAGCAGAUGAGGAAAAUCCUACAAGUGGACGCAGAUAAUUCAUCUUUCCAUCGUCUCUGGGAUAGUAAACCUGUUAUCGGGAUCUUCUCCAGAGAAGCAGAGAGUCAGUAUUCCUGGCUGAUGAGCGCCCUCGGGUCACACCCUUACAGGGGUCGUAUUGCUGAGGUCCGGCCCUGCUGCAUCAGUAAUAAUGGCUUACAGCAGUUUUAUCAGGAUUUGUCUCUCUGCAAAUUCGGGAUCCUGUAUCACAGCAAGAACAGAGGGAGAAUCAAUGUGACCGAUGUGGAUGGCGCCCUGUAUGAUGAGGAGCUGAAGGUUCUCUCCUCUAGACAUGGGAAGAGUAACGUCAUUGUGGUCAUAGAUGAUCUGGAGGACAGCAGUGAUGAAGAGAAACGCAGGAUUCUAAGUCGUCAGCCGAGUAUUGGGACAAUGGCCGCAGGUCUAUUCCUGAUCAGUCUCGAGGAGAAGAAAUCAAACUAUCAGAGAUAUCUCAUGGUGACCAAAGAACAAGCGGAGAAGAAACUGCAGAACCUGACAGAAGUGAUAAGAAAGAUGAAAUCUGGUGAAAAGGCAAAAGGAUUGAUGCGUUUACUGGGAGCAAGAGAAAAAUCUGGAAGAAAAGAGCAAAACAAAUAAAAAAGCUGAGAAAAUAUGAAUUUUUAAUGAACCAAUUUGACAAUUGGGGAAAUAUGAUGCUUAAUUUAAGAUUAGUGUCUCACAAUUUUAAUCACGUCUUGGUGCAAUUUAAUAUAUUACAUAGAGUAUAUGUCCCGCCAGUUCAGCUUAAUAAACAUGGUUUGAGAAAUACCUCUAAUUGGCCACGGUGUGAUUCACCUGGGGAUGAUUAUUUACAUAUGUUUUGGUCCUGUAGACUAUUAACAGAAUAUUGGGGGCAAUUGCUAAACGUAUUACCCAAAAACUGAAAGUAGUGAUCCCGUACACGGUAGAAUGUUGGAUACUGGGUGAUUUGAUUGCCAUAAGUAUAAAAGGUUUUUCUUGAUUAAAAUAAUGUUUUUGGUGAGACUUUUAAUCGCACGAGUUUGAUUCUCACGAAACAUUCCUAGUGUGUAUACUGGGCUAAAUUUGGUCAAUAAGAUUAAGAGAUAUGAAAGUAUCCUACAUAAACAAAGAAAUAUUGAGCCGAAAUGGAAUAAGGUAUGGGGGAUUUGGAAGUUUUACGUUUCCCUGCCUUCACCCCAUCAUUAUCCCUUCUCCGUCCUUGUUGACGGAGGGGAUAGGAGACGACGCAUUGCAAGGGGAGGGAGGGUUGGGGGUGUACUAGGGGGCAGGGAUUAAAGAAUAAAAAGAAGAAAAUGAAUAAUGUAGUUGAUUAAUUUGUAUGGAAAAUGAGUGUUUGGUUUUUCUUUCUAAUAAAAAAAAUAAAAAAAAUGGAUAACUGCAUGUGCACUAAGCCAAAGCUAAAUGGUAAAGUGCAAUAGAUAAAGAUGUAUUAAUGAAUAUACAAAUAAAUGAAAAACGCAAUAAACAUAUAUCUACACCAACAAAAAAA